CAGUGCGCAAGCGCCAUCCGCUGGACACGUGUGUGUCUCACUUUUGAACCCCGAUCUUGGCACGCAGAUAGGUGCAGGGGCUAGAUCCUGCUCAAUGCUAGACGCCCAGGACCCCCAGCUGCUCUUUCGGUGCAUGGCCCUUCCCCUGCGCCCCCACCCCCCCAAGGCAGGGCGCGUUGCGUACGGAGGAAGAGGAGGAGGAGGAGGAGCCCAUGGCGGAAAAGCAGGCAGCCGAGGAAGAAAAGGACCCUCCAUACGACCAGCUAGAGCUCCGCUUUCAGCGUGGCUUCCUGGCCGGGAGGCGAGUGGCUGAUCUGCCCUGGAAGGAUCUUGAGCAGACACUAAAGAUUUCAAAAGAUUCCUCAUCAUUGCUGGCUAUUUUGCAAAAGACUGUUCUUCACCCACUGUGCCUGAAAUAUCCUCCCUCGGUGAAUUACAGGAGACACUUCUUGUCCGAACUCAUAAAGCAGCACGAAUGUACAGCAGCUGAGCCACUGGAUGAGCUAUAUGAAACCCUCGGCGAUGUCUUAAAUUCAGAAGCUUCCGCACACUGCUACAAAAGCUUCAUCUUGCCCUCAGGCGAUGCUGUUACGGUUCGUGAAAACGUGGCAAUAAUUUCACAAGGGACCACAGGUCUUGUCACAUGGGAUGCUGGUCUUUACCUAGCUGAAUGGGCGCUGGAACACCCUUUCGUUUUCACUAACAGGAGGAUCUUGGAAUUAGGAAGCGGGACCGGCCUGACGGGAAUUGCAAUCUGCAGAACUUGUCACCCCAAGGCAUAUAUCUUCAGCGAUUACCACCAGCGUGUUCUCGAAGAGCUGUCGGAGAAUAUCCGCUUGAACGGCUUUUUUCUGCAGUGUGAAUGUUACAGUCUUGGCAGGGCAAAAUGCAGAUGUCACGAGGCGGAACUGGCCGAAUUGCACGGCCCCUGUGUAACUGUUGCAGAACUGGAUUGGAACUUGGGUACCAAAGAACAACUUGCAGAAUUUAGAGCGGAAGUUGUCGUUGCUGCAGAUGUGAUAUAUGAUCCAAAUGUAACAAAGUCCCUGGUUGCCAUCUUGCAGCGACUGCUCACGUGCACUGAUGCUGAGAACCUCCCAGAAAUCUACAUUGCCUCUACCUGCCGAAAUCCAGACACUUACUGCCAUUUCCAAAGGACACUUGAAGACGUUGGGAUCAGAUGGGAAGUUGUCCCUGGGCCCCAGAAGAACUUUUUCCCUUACAACCGGAGUACCAAGAUAACAAUUAUGAAAUUCCUUCUUUAAGCCCCACCCACUCCAAUCUUUAUUGCAUAGUUGGAACCUUUUGAGCCAAGGAAACUUUCUAGCUCCAGACCACAAUGAUACCAGCAGGCAUUCUGACACUCAUUGGUAGCUCUAGUUAGCAAUAGUUUAAUGUAUCACACUGGAAAAUACACCACUAACAAUGGUCACUAUCUUUACCAAGGAAACUUUAGUAAUCCUGUGUGCUGCUGUAUUAUUUUCUUACGUUUGUGUCUUUAGCUUUCAAGCCUAUCUCAAGAUCUAGCAACUGGGUUUUCUAAAAACAAGUUCCAGCAUCUUCCGAGUUCUGCACACAGUGCUGAAAUUCUGGUCAUCUUGCAGUCUCAGAAUAUGCCCAUUAUUGCCAUAUCUACUUUAUAUGAAUUAUCUAUAAAAUCCUACUAGUUGUUGUACUUAACCAAACUUGGAACUGGGGAAGGGGGAGAGAAACAUGAGAGAAACAUGGGAAACAAGGAGCAGCAGUGGCGUAGGAGGUUAAGAGCUCGUGUAUCUAAUCUGGAGGAACCGGGUU